AUGGCUGCGGCGACGAUGGUCAGUUCAGCGGGUGGGCUGCUUGCUAUGCUGAAUGAAAGCCAUCCGGCACUGAAGCUACACGCGCUCUCUAAUCUCAACGCUUUUGUUCACUGCUUCUGGCCGGAGAUCUCGGAUUCUGUGACUGUCAUAGAAAGCUUGUAUGAAGAUGAGGAGUUUGACCAGAGGCAGCUUGCUGCUUUGCUUGUUUCAAAGGUUUUCUACUACCUGGGAGAACUAAGUGACUCAUUGUCAUAUGCCUUGGGGGCUGGUUCACUUUUUGAUGUAUCUGAAGAUUCAGACUAUGUUCAUACUCUUCUGGCCAAAGCAAUUGAUGAAUAUGCCAGUCUAAGGAACAAAAUGGCUGAGGCGAAUGAUGAUUCAGCUGUGGUUGACCCUAGACUUGAAGCAAUUGUUGAGAGAAUGCUUGAUAAAUGCGUAGUAGAUGGAAAAUAUCAACAAGCCAUAGGAAUGGCCAUUGAGUGUAGACGACUUGAUAAGCUUGAGGAAGCUGUUAUAAGAAGUGAUAAUGUUCAUUCUACGAUAAAUUAUUGCAUUGACAUCUGUCACUCGUUCGUCAACCGAAGAGACUAUCGAUGUGAGGUUCUCCGUCUUCUUGUCAAAGUAUAUGAGCAGCUGCCAUCUCCUGAUUAUCUGAGUAUUUGUCAGCGCCUGAUGUUUUUAGAUGAACCGGAAGGUGUCACUAGCAUAUUGGAGAAACUUUUGCAAUCAGAAAAUGUGGAUGAUGCACUGUUAGCAUUUCAAAUAGCCUUUGAUCUUGUGGAGAACGAGCACCAGGCCUUCCUUUUGAAGGUGAGAGAUCAGCUUACCAGUCCCCAGCCUCAGCCUUCAGUGCACGUGCAAUCGUCAGAGACUGCUCAUCCAGAUUCUACAGCCAGUGGAAAUGCAGUCACAUCAGAAGAUGUUCAAAUGAUUGAUGGAGCUCAGGCAGACAGCAGCUUAAAACUUACUGAUACACGGCAAGCAGUAUAUGCUGAGAGACUAAUAAAGAUAAGGGGAAUUCUGUCUGGAGAGACUUCAAUACAGUUGACAUUGCAAUUCUUGUAUAGUCAUAACAAAUCAGAUCUUCUCAUUCUUAAGACAAUAAAGCAAUCUGUUGAGAUGAGAAAUAGUGUAUGCCAUAGUGCAACUAUAUAUGCCAAUGCUAUUAUGCAUGCUGGUACAACUGUCGAUACAUUUCUCAGGGAGAAUCUGGAUUGGCUGAGUAGAGCUACAAAUUGGGCUAAAUUUAGUGCAACAGCCGGACUUGGUGUCAUACAUGGAGGCCAUCUACAGCAAGGACGAUCGCUAAUGGCACCUUACUUGCCCCAAGGAGGGGCUGGUGGUGGUGGCAGUCCAUACUCUGAAGGUGGAGCCCUGUAUGCUCUUGGUCUGAUUCAUGCAAACCAUGGUGAGGGCAUCAAACAAUUUUUGCGCGAGAGCCUUCGAAGCACGAAUGUCGAGGUUAUCCAGCAUGGUGCCUGCCUAGGUCUUGGUCUGGCAGCCUUGGGAACUUCUGACAGUGACAUCUUUGACGACAUAAAAAAUGUACUGUACACUGACAGUGCUGUUGCUGGAGAGGCUGCUGGAAUUAGCAUGGGUUUGCUGAUGGUUGGCACUGCUAGUGAGAAGGCUGGGGAAAUGCUCGCUUAUGCGCAUGAAACCCAGCAUGAGAAGAUUAUAAGGGGUUUGGCCUUGGGGAUAGCACUUACAGUAUAUGGCAGAGAGGAAGAAGCGGAUACAUUGAUUGAGCAGAUGACUCGCGAUCAGGACCCCAUAAUACGUUAUGGCGGCAUGUACGCUUUGGCCUUGGCUUACAGAGGAACAUCCAACAAUAAGGCCAUACGCCAACUUUUGCACUUUGCUGUGUCAGAUGUCAGUGAUGAUGUCAGGCGGACUGCUGUACUUGCCCUAGGGUUUGUAUUGUAUUCUGAUCCCGAACAGACCCCUAGAAUUGUUUCUCUGUUGUCAGAGUCCUAUAAUCCGCAUGUUCGGUAUGGUGCUGCACUCGCUGUCGGAAUUUCUUGUGCGGGCACUGGUCUCAGUGAGGCCAUAUCAUUGCUGGAGCCCCUGACAUCAGAUGUCGUUGAUUUUGUUCGUCAAGGUGCUCUAAUUGCAAUGGCAAUGGUGAUGAUUCAGAUCACUGAAGCCAGUGAUUCUCGUGUCGGUACUUUCAGGCGGCAACUUGAAAAAAUUAUUCUUGACAAGCAUGAAGACACGAUGAGCAAGAUGGGUGCAAUUUUAGCUUCGGGGAUUCUGGACGCUGGGGGACGGAAUGUUACCAUCAAGUUACUUUCAAAGACGAAACAUGAUAAGAUCACGGCAGUUGUUGGUCUUGCUGUGUUCAGUCAGUUUUGGUACUGGUACCCACUUAUAUAUUUCAUUAGCCUGGCAUUUUCACCAACCGCGUUCGUAGGUCUGAACUAUGACCUGAAAGUGCCAAAGUUUGACUUCCUAUCACACGCAAAGCCUUCAUUGUUUGAAUACCCCAAGCCUACUGUUGUGCCUACUGCUACAUCAGCUGUUAAACUGCCAACAGCAGUUUUAUCGACUUCGGCAAGGGCCAAGGCCAGGGUUAGUAAGAAAGAGGCUGAAAAGGCACAGGACAAGGCCGAGACUAGUUCUGGCAAGGGUAAAGCUGUCGACAAGGACAACGACUCCAUGCAGGUUGAUACGUCCACCUCGGAGAAGAAAUCCGAACCUGAGCAGACAUUUGAUAUUCUGACCAACCCCGCCAGGGUAGUCCCUACCCAAGAGAAAUUCAUCAAGUUCCUCGAGGAGAGCAGAUACGUCCCAGUCAAGUCAGCUCCCUCGGGAUUUGUGCUGUUGAAAGAUUUGCGUCCUAACGAGCCAGAGGAAUUAAUCCUCACUGAUGCUCCCUCAUCGACAACUGCAUCGAACGCUGGCGGGUCAGCUGCAGGGCAGCAGGGAUCUUCCGCGGCUAUGGCCGUUGAUGAAGAACCUGCACCCCCACAGCCGUUUGAGUACUCAUCAUAA